AUGCCGGAGGUGGCCAUGGGUGUCGACCCAAUCGGCGACCCCAUCGGCGACCCCAUCGGCGACCUGCCCACGUCGCGGAGGGACCCCGCCGUGGUGGUGUCGCCCUGGACGGUGCUGGAGCGCCAGGCCGGCCACUCGUUCGAGAUGGCCACGCUGCUGGCGUCGCUGCUGAUCGGCGCGGACUACGACGCCUACGUCGUGUCCGGCUACGCCACCAGGGAGGUCUGCAACAACGACCAGCUGCGCGUCGUCUGCCCUGACCUCAUACCCAAGCUGGAGGUGGUGGAGGAGCCGCGGCCCACGACGCCGCCAAAGUACCAGGUGCGCGAGCCGCCGUACCUGCACUCGCGGUUCAUGGAGCAGAUGGCGGAGCGCGAGAAGCAGCAGGAGGAGGACAAGCGGCGCAAGCUGCAGGAGGAAGAGGACAGGCGAAUCGCGGAGCUGGAGCGGCCGGCGCCGGACGAGCUGUGGGGGUUCCGCCUGCACGCCUGGGGCGAGGGCCUCGGCGAGGACGAGAGCGCCACCCCGUUCUUCGUGGAGCCCUCCACGGGCUUCCGCCACGAGAUCGGCCACCCCGGCUACCACCGCGUGGAGAGCGUGUGGAACCACCUCAACUACUGGGUCAACGUGCAGCCCGAGGGUGAUGGUGACACGUGCGAGGGCACGGACUUCGACCUGGCGGACGUCCGGAAGUGGGAGCACUUCCUGGCCGGCGAGCCUGCCGAGUGGCGCAAGGGGCCCGACCCGCAGCAGAGCAGGAUGGACCUGGACGACGAGCAGGAGCAGCUCGACGAGGAGGUGCAGGCCGAGAAGCACCUGGACAUGCCGGCGUCCUGGGUGCCGCGGCUCGACGUGCAGCACGCCGUCUACGAGCGGCGGUACCCCGGCAGCAGCAAGACCAUCCUCUACAAGAAGGCCAAGGUGGAGAAGCUGGCGCCGUACCUGGCCAAGGACGGCCUCAUGAAGCGGGUCACGGUGUACGAGGACUACGAGCACUGCACGCCCCUGCGCCUCACGGAGCACUACGAGAACCGGGCCGACUUCCUGUACCAGGUCAAGAAGGAACUGCGCGACGGCAGCGCCACCGACCUGUUCCGCCGCGGCCGCGACGACGCCUGCAAGGAGCACCAGUACAAGGUGGCGGAGAGCUCCCUGGACAGUCCGAGGAAGCUGUGGUUCUACGACGUGGCGCGAAACGACGGUCUGGAGCACCUGGAGAUGACCGCGGAGCACCUGACGGAGCUCUUCCGGUGCCGCGGGGACCGACUCUACUACCGCCGGGUGCACUUCCAGGGCCCCGACGACGAGGAGCUCAGCGUGGGGUCGAGGAGGACCAUCCGCAAAAUAACAGAAAAGUUCGAAAGGAACCCCGAGGUGGACGCGAACCGCGACAUCGCGGUGCGCGUGUUCCUGCUCAACGAGAACAAGGUGUUCCUCAAGUUCCACUACGGCCCGGGGAAGGUGACGGCCGCCACGCGGGAGUUCGUCAAGCCCGUCCGGGCGGACCGGGGCAGGGGCGCCAACUUCGACCCGGACCUGGUCACCUGCUACGAGGCGGGGGGGAAGCCCAUGAAGCAGGUGGAAGUGCUGAUGCUGCUCGAAGAGCAGCUGGACGCCGAGGACAAGACUCUGUGCCACGUCCGCCAGAUUCAAGAUGAGCUUUCGAGCUUCCUGCGGAUGCGGAUGGUGGAGACGGCGAUGCCGCGGCUGCAGGUCUCGCUGUUCGACGAGGAGCGCAACGAGAAGGCCAAGAAGGGGCUGCGAGAAAGGGAACAACGCCUGCUGGAGGAAGAGGCGCGGGAGGUGGAGGCCGACGUGGACUUCCUGGCGCCCUACAUGGCCCGCCUCGGCUACCCCGACAGCCUCUCGCCCGCGCAGGCCCUCGCCAUGCGAGACCAGUGCCUCAGCGACUUCAAGCAGCAGUACGUGAACCGCGCCCAGAACAUGCAGAACCGCUUCGAAACGGAAAAGGAGCGUCUUCAGGAACUGAACAAGUGGUACGAGGAAAAUCAAGAGAAGCUAACGCCCGAAGAGGAGGAUAAUACUUUGGAGGAAAGUAAAAAACUCGAUUUUCUUUUACAAACACUGCAAAUCCGUCUUAAUCGACACCGUGAGAUGGCUUCCCAGCGCUACCUGGCCAUUGAAGCCUGCCUCCGAGCAGACCCCAGGCUGGCAGUGUUGUACUGAUGUGCGGGUAGGGAAGAAAGCAGGAAAACAGCCAGUUCAUGUUGGAUCUUUAAUCACAAUAAUUUACAAUAAUACUGAUGAACAGAAAGGAAUGACGGAGCUCUCCAGGUGGUCUAGAUGUUGUGGUAUUUGUUCCGGCCCAAACGAGAGCGUUCGUUUUAUGAGAAUUACAUUUGAGAUCAUCACCAAGCAUCAAUUGGAAUCCUUGGAAUAUUAUUUUAAAAGCAUCACCAUGUUAGCUGUUUAUUU